AUGGAGGGGCAUGCUGAAAUAGAGAUGCUGGGGACACUGAAGGGGCCCUCCACAGGGGAGGUCAGCGUGCACCUGGUGGCCAGAGACAGCCCAGGUUCCGGCUCUCACCUGCCCGCUGCUGCCUUUAUCAUUCCAGCCAGCUCGGCCACCCUUGGUCUGCCCAGCAGUGCCCUGGAUGUGUCCUGCUUUCCGCGGGAGCAGAUCCAUGUGGGCACCCCGGAGCGAGGGGCUGGCAGCGUACCUGUCACCGCCACCGUUCUGCCACAGUUAAGCGCUGGGCCGGCGGCCAGCCCCAGCACCAGCACAGUGCGGCUCCUGGAGUGGACCGAGGCCGCGGCCCCGCCUUCUAGGAGUGGCCUGCGGUUCCAGAUAAGCGAAUACGCACCGCCGAACAUGGUAGGAGCGGAGCAGCCCCCAAGCCCCGAGCUGCGGCGGGAAGGCGUGGCCGAGUACGAAGAUGGCGAGGCCCUGGCGGGAGGUGGCGAUGCGGGCCCCCAACAGCCGGAAGACCUCCCCCAGGACCCUCCAGAAGAUAACCCUCAGGACCCGCCAGAGGAUGAUGAUGGCACCUGCCAAUGCCAGGCGUGUGGGCCUCAGCAAGGCGCUGGUCCAGAUCCUGGUGCCUCCAAUGAUGGCUGCCCCCAGCUGUUCCAGGAGCGGUCAGUCAUAGUGGAGAACUCUUCAGGCCAGAACAACUGCACCAGCGCUUCUGAGCUCCUCAAACCCAUGAAGAAAAGGAAGCACAGGGAAUAUCAGAGCCUAUCUGAGGAGGAGUCAGAGCCGGAGGCCAUGGAGAAGCAAGAAGAAGGAAAGGAUCCAGAGGGACAACCCACCACUAGCACCCCAGAAAGUGAGGAGUGGAACAGCAGCCAGCCUGCCUCAGGGGAGAAGAAGGAAGGCUGGUCGUGGGAAUCCUACCUUGAGGAGCAGGAGGCCAUCACUGCCCCCGUCAGCCUCUUCCAGGACUACCAGGCGGUCACCCAUAACAAGAAUGGCUUCAAACCGGGCAUGAAGUUGGAAGGCAUUGAUCCUCAGCACCCAAGCAUGUACUUCAUUCUCACCGUGGCUGAGGUGUGUGGCUACCGCCUACGUCUGCACUUCGAUGGGUAUUCCGAGUGCCACGACUUCUGGAUCAAUGCCAGUUCCCCUGACAUUCAUCCCGCUGGCUGGUUCGAGAAGACGGGGCACAAGCUGCAGCCCCCCAAAGGUUACAAGGAGGAGGAGUUCAGCUGGAGCCAUUACCUGCGCAGCACAAGAACCCAGGCUGCCCCCAAGCACCUGUUUGUGAGCCAGAGCCACAGUCCCCCACCCCUGGGCUUCCAGGUGGGCAUGAAGCUGGAGGCCGUGGACCGCAUGAACCCAUCCCUCAUCUGCGUGGCCAGUGUGACCGACGUGGUGGACAGCCGCUUCCUGGUGCACUUUGACAACUGGGAUGACACUUACGACUACUGGUGUGAUCCCAGCAGCCCCUACAUCCACCCGGUGGGCUGGUGCCAGAAGCAAGGAAAGCCCCUCACCCCUCCACAAGACUACCCAGACCCUGACAGCUUCUGUUGGGAGAAAUAUCUGGAAGAAACUGGGGCCUCUGCUGUGCCCGCCUGGGCCUUCAAGGUGCGACCCCCGCACAGCUUCCUGGUCAACAUGAAACUGGAGGCCGUGGACCGCAGGAACCCAGCCCUAAUUCGUGUGGCCAGCGUGGAGGAUGUGGAGGACCAUCGGAUAAAGCUCCACUUUGAUGGCUGGAGUCACGCCUAUGACUUCUGGAUCGAUGCCGACCACCCUGACCUCCACCCCGCGGGCUGGUGCUCCAAGACAGGGCAUCCCCUGCAACCUCCUCUCCGACCCAGAGAACCCAGCUCCACCUCCCCUGGGGGCUGUCCCCCUCUCAGCUGUCGAAGCCUGCCACAGACCAGGACCUCCAAGUACAGCUUUCACCACCGAAAGUGCCCCACUCCUGGUUGUGAUGGCUCUGGCCACGUCACAGGCAAGUUCACAGCCCACCACUGCCUCUCGGGCUGCCCACUGGCCGAGAGGAACCAGAGCCGGCUGAAGGCAGAGCUGUCCGACACGGAGGCCUUGGCCCGUAAGAGGAACCUCUCGGGCUUCUCCCUAAGGAAGAAGCCUCGCCAUCACAGCCGGUGCGGAGGGCAAGGGUGCAGGGCCUCGAGUCCUCCUGGGCCAGGCCAGGCCCUGAUUCCCUGCCACGGACCUGGUCCCUCUCUCUCCAGGAUCGGACGCCCUCCAAAGUAUCAGAAGAUCCCACAGGAAGAUUUCCCGACACUGACCACUGACGUCAUGCACCAGUCCCUCUUCAUGUCGGCCCUGUCGGCCCACCCCGACCGGUCGCUGUCAGCGUGCUGGGAGCAGCACUGCAGGCUCCUGCCGGGAGUGGCGGGCAUCUCGGCCUCGACAGUCGCCAAGUGGACCAUCAAUGAGGUCUUCGGCUUUGUUCAGACACUGACAGGUUGUGAGGACCAAGCGCGGCUCUUCAAAGAUGAGGGCCAUGUGAGCACUGGAAAUGAUGAGUGGAUCACUGUACCAGAAUGUCUAGUGUAACUAUAUCAUCAGCAUCUAUAUUAUUAUAUACCAAUGCUGUAGAGUAAUAUACAAAUCACAUCACUAUAGCCACAUGCCUGUUACAGGCAGAGCUCAAUCCAUGGUGUUUCUGGCUUUCAAUGUGUAGUUGUCCUUAAAUAAAGAGCUUUAUCAUGAUUCUCCUAAUUUGUAGAGUUUGAAAUUGGAAGGGACCUUUCAGUUUGUUUAGGUCUUCCUUCCAAAGAAUACACAUACCCCCCUUAACCCAAGAGAGCGUAGUUUCAGCUCCCCAUAGAUGCCACCUCCAGGUCAGGUGCCCAGGAGAAAGAAGUAUAUUCCUCUUUCCCUGGAAGAAUCUCUUUAUCCAGGCCCAACACAGCCAGUUUCUUCAUUGACCCUUGGGUGGUGGCGCUCCCAAACUCCUCCCCACUCUGGGUGCUUGCCUUCUGGGUUGACGAUCUUCUUAUCGGAACGUGUCUAUGCCCCGAGUUUCAGAUGCCGUCUGACCAACACAGAACACACUGGGCUGCUGCUCCCCUGUAUGUCUGAUGCUUUUGUUUUUAAAAAGACUUUAUUUUUUUUAGAGCAGUUUUAGGUUCAAGGAAAAUUGAGAGGAAGGUACAGAGAGUUCCCACGUACCCCCUGCCCCCUACACAUGCACAGCCUCCCCCAUUAUCAGCACGCCCACCAGAGUGGGACCUUUGUUACAACCUAUGAGCUGACACCUAGACGUUUUGUUUUCUUAAUGGAGGUAAAAUAUGCAUGGAGUGAAAUGCACACAUCUUAAAAGUACAAUUCUACAAGUUUUGUGAAAUGUAUGUACCCUGAACCCAAUAUGUCAAUCAAGAUAUAAAAAAUUUCCAUCAUACCAGAAAGUUCUUUCCUGGCCCCUUUCGUCAGCUCUCAUAGGCAACCACUGUUCUAAUUUCUAGCACCUUAAAUUAGUUUUACCUGUUCUUGAACUUCGUAUAGGUGGAAUCAUACAGCACGUACUCUUUUGCGUCUGUCUCUUUUCAGUGUAAUGUUUUGGAGGUUCAUCCAUGUUAGAGUGUACACCAGUCAUUAGCUCCUUUUUAUUUCUGAGCAGUGCUCUGUUUUAAGAAAAUCCCACAGUUCUGUUAGUGGGCAUUUGCAUUGUUUUCUCCUUCUCCAGAUUUGAACCCUAUGUUUUUGUUGGCAAAACUUAAGUUUGCACUAGCUUUAUUACAGCCACACCACACCAGUUUGGAGUUCAUCAAAAAGUCCCCCAAG